AUGGGCCAUGCUAGCAUAUCGACAUUCUUGAAGCAUUACCUCUCACGACGUAUUACGGUUGAUACGCAGGCUGUCGAGAGGCAGCGUCGACGGCACGCCCUUCUUAAGGAGAUUAAGGAACGCUGGGAGUUUGAACAGCCCGUUCGUGAUGUUGAGCAGCAGCUUGCUGGCUUAGAAACUAAGGACAAUCUAGAGCUGGUUCACGAAGUUAUGCUCCCGGCCCAAGGGGAUCUGGUCGACUCGGUCCUGUCAACACCAGGGACUACUAUAGAAGAAGAGAUGGACAGGCGUAAUAGGGCCAUUCGUGCGGUUACUCUGUACUGUGGCGUCGAAGAGGGGGGAAUGAACCCUAUCCGAAGAGGAGGGCGGAGCAGGAACGCUACCCCACCCGCCAAGAGCCAGCUAGAAUACGAGGAAGAAGCAUUAGAAGCAGCCAAGGUCUCGGUGUACAAGGAGAAAAGGCCGAAGUUGAUUAUUGUGAUCCCUGCCGGCUACGAAGGUGAGGGCUACGGAGCUAUAUAUGUCGUUGGAUCCAGGUUCGGCCGACAUCUACCCCCAGAGCUAUUGGCUGAGGUCAAAACAAACCUCAGUUAUGGAUCAUGUGUUGCGCUCCGACUUACCUGUCGUGAACUGUACCACAAAAUCGACGAUCCCAACCAACACACCCGUGGUACCCAUUCUGACGCCUUGACUCGCGCUAGUUCGAUCACCCGAAACUACGACAUGAAGGAUCUCCUCGAGAUUGAGCUGUGGCCUGAGUAUAACUCAGCAUAUUAUCGGCCGACCGAGUUAAAACAACCAAUCCGUGGGCUCGAUUUCUUCGCCUGCCAUAUUUGUCAAGCUAGCGCUAUGCAGAACUGCUGCGCAGCUACGUUUGGAGGUGAAGCCGCAUUCGCUAGUGAUUGUACUUGA